CUGAUCAGUCGAUAGUCGGAACAUGAGUUAUAAAAUUGGGGAAGAAAAACUUAGCGAAUACUACCAGGUAUGCCUGGAACUGGUCAGGAAGUGCGGCCCACUCUUCUUGGAGGGUUUUCAAAAACCAAAAACAGAUUACGAAGUGAAGUCGGCUUUUUAUGAUUUAGUCACGGUGUACGACAGGCAGAUAGAAUCCACACUAACCGAAGGUCUGCUUAAGGCUUUUCCGGAAUCAAGAAUUAUAGGGGAGGAAGCUUUGGCAGGUGCCACAACACAACCGGAACUGACCGAUGCCCCCACUUGGAUCAUAGAUCCCAUUGAUGGAACUAACAACUACGUGCGAAAGAUCCCCCAUUGCUGUAUCUCCGUGGGUCUGACCAUUAACAAAGAGCUGGUGCUGGGGAUUGUGUACAAUCCACCGGCAAACGAGUUGUAUUCAGCUUGGCAAGGUCACGGAGCUUUUUUAAAUGACCAGCCCAUUGAAGUUUCUAACGUAAAAGAGAUAAACCAAGCAGUCGUGGGCUAUGAGAUCUCCCUAAUCGUGGUGUCCAAUGGGCGGGACAAAAACGUGAAGCGCCUCUACAAGUUGGCCUCAAAUGCCACUGGCACUCGCAGCUUUGGGUGUGCAGCUCUCACGCUCUGCUACAUAGCAGCCGGUCGAUGCGACGCCUAUCAUGUGGAGAAUCUUAAGCCCUGGGAUCUGGCUGGUGGUGCCGUAAUCCUCAGGGAAGCUGGUGGUAUCGUCUACCACACCAGCGGAGCAAAGUUUGAUGUGAUGAAGCCCGACUGCGUGUGCACAUGUUCUGAAGGAUUGGCCAAAAAUGUAAUCCAAUUAAUAGAGGAGGCGGACCAGAUCGCAGACUAUACUAUCGAAUAAAAAGGAACUACCUAGGAUUUGAUAGAACGAAGUGCGCAAUUGUGUAUUGACAAAAAUAAAGGUAGUAAAUUAACCCUAGUCCAAUAAAAAUGAACAGAUGAA